ACGUGGCCCCGGUGGCCCCAAAGCAGCCGAGCCCGGCCCAGGAAGGGAAGUUGAGGCUCCUGGGGACAUUUUGGGGACAUUUUGGGGACAUUUCUGUGCCGGGGGGUGCCACCAUGGCCCUGCCCUCGGUGUACGGGGACAAAGUGGCCGAGAAGCUGACGCUGCUCAACCAGCGGGGCCGGGGGGUCCUGGUGCGGCUCCACCACCUCAGGAAGACGUGCUCGGACCCCCACACGCGGCCGCCCUUCCUCGGGGACAAGGCCAUGGAGGCCUCGGCCAAGUUCAUCCAGAAGAAAUUCCCGCAGCUGGACGUGCGGAGCAGCACCCAGCACCUGGGCCCGGUGCACAGGGACAAAGGUGACAUCUCUCGGGUGCUGGCCCCGUUCUACCACACCUUCCUGGACCUGCUGGAGUUCCGGGACCACGUCUACGAGCUGCUCAACACCAUGGACGCCAGCCAGUGCUUCCUGGACAUCCACCUCAACCACGAGCUCACCAGGGGUUACCUGGACCUGGUUGUCACCUACGUGUCCCUGGUGCUGCUGCUGGCGCGCACCGAGGAGCGGCGGCUGCUGCUGGGGCUCUACCACUGCGCGCACCAGAUGUGCCACGGCGCCAGCGAGCCCGGCUUUGCCCGCCUGGCGCAGAUGGUGCUGGAGUACGAGCACCCCCUCAAGAAACUGCCCGAGGAGUUCGGGCCCCACACCAAGACCCUGAGCCAGGCGCUGCUGUCACUGCGGGUCCCGUUCGAGCGGCGCUGCCGGAACGCGGAGCUCUGGCGACAGGAGCAGCUCCUGAGCCUGCUGGGACCUGCUGGGGACAUGCUGAGCCCUGCCACGAGUGACAGCAUGGCCUGUGAGUACCUGUCCCUGGAGGUGAUGGAGCGCUGGAUCAUCCUGGGGUUCCUGGUGUGCCCGGGGGCUCUGGCAGCCCCCCCGUGCCAGGAGCUGUGGCGCCAGGCCCUGCAGGGGACCCUCUUUGUCACCCUGGUGCGCGACGAGGCCAUCGCGGUGCACAAAGUCACCGAGGAGCUGCUGGGGGGGCUCCGGGGGUUCGGGAAGCGCGUGGCCGAUGUCAAGGAGUGCCGGGACCACGCGGUGGCUCACAGCCCGGCGCUGCACCGGGGCCGCCGCUCGUUCCUGCGCGGGGCCGUGCGGGAGCUCGUGGCGCUGCUGGAGGAUCAGCCCGGGCUGCUCGGACCCAAGGCCCUGCUGGUGUUCGUGGCGCUGUCGCUGUGUCGCGACGAGGUGAGCUGGCUGUCGCGACACGCCGAGCACGUCACCAAGGCCAAGAGCCCCGAGGACUUCACGGACAGCCGUGUGGCGGAGCUGCUGUGUCGGGCGCUGGUUCGGCGGCACCUGCGGCUCCUGCGCCGCUACCACCGCCACUACCUGGCCCGCUUCGACGCGCUCGUGCUCAGCGACGUCAUCCAGAACCUCUCGGUGUGUCCCGAGGAGGAGUCGGUGAUCCUCUCGUCCUUCGUCAGUUCCCUCUCGGCUCUCUCGGCCAAGGAAGUCGAUGACAAGGAGGAGUUUGACUUCACCGCGCUGCGCCUGGACUGGUUCCGGCUCCAGGCCUACACGAGCGUGGCCAAGGCUCCGCUGCCGCUGGCGUCCAACGGUGACGUGGGGCGCGCCAUGAGCCUGGUGAUGUUCCACACGCUGCUGCUGGACCGGCCCGAGGAGCUGCUGGACGAGACCUCGGACCUGUCCACCUGUGUUUCUACCCCCGCCCCCCUGGAGCGGAUGUUCUCGGCGGCGCUGGAGGAGCCGUCCAUGCUGCGCUUCUCCAUCGCCUUCCCCCUGCUCUGCGCCCACUUCUCGCGCUGCCCCCACCCCAUGUGCCCCGAGGAGCACCCCCAGCUGGAGGCGGCGGCGCUGGGGCUGUGCCACCGGUUCCUGGAGGAGCUGGGGCGGGUGGGCAGCGGCUGCGUGCUGGACGCCUGCGCCGAGCAGCACAACCUCAGCCAGCAGCUGCUGCCCAAGCACUGCGCGGCCACCGUCAGCAGAGCCCGCGGCAAGAAGAGCCCGAAGCAGCCGCCCCGCAAGGGGGACCCCGACAGGGACAAACCGGGGACAGAGAGCCAGCGACGGGACAGGACCCUGAGCACCACCAUGGACAAGCUGCACCUGACCCUGUCCGAGCUGUCCCUGAGCCUCAACCACGUCCCCAACUUCACCGUCUUCGGUCACACGGUGACACCGGCCGAGUACCUGAGCAGCCACCUGGAGACGCGCCUGGCCAGGGCCAUCGUGGCCAUGGCUGGCUACAGCCAGGCCACGCAGGAGGUGGCCCGUCCCUCGGAGGUGCUGGCGGGGCUGGUGGCCUACAUGGGGCUGGUGCAGAGCUUGGGACACUUGGUGGCCCUGGACACGGCGCGGCUGCUGCGCACGGUGCUGCUCCAGCAGAGCCACCCCCGCGACGCCAGCGGGCAGCCCACGCUGACCGCCAUCUACACCGACUGGUACCUGGAGGCGCUGCUGCGCCAGGCCAGCAGCGGGGCCGUGCUGGUGUCCCCAGCCCUGCAGGCUUUUGUCACCGCGCCCCGCGAGGAGCCGCCCCCGUUCAGCGCCGCCGAGUUCUCCGACGUGUCCGAGAUGCGGGCUCUGGCCGAGCUGAUCGGGCCCUACGGGAUGCGGUUCCUGAGCGAGAACCUGAUGUGGCACGUGGGGUCCCAGGUGACCGAGCUGAAGAAGCUGGUGGCCGAGAACAUGGACACGCUGGUGCAGCUGCGCUGCUGCAGGGCCGAGCAGAGGCCGGCGCUGCUGCCCCGCCUGAGCUCGGCCGAGAACGUCCUCAAGCGCAUGACCAUCAUCGGGGAGAUCCUGAGCUUCCGCGCCAUGGCCCAGCAGGGCCUCAGGGAGGUGUUCUCCCGGCGCUGCCCCUUCCUGAUGGGCCCCAUCGAGUGCCUGGCGGACGUGGUGACCCCCGACACCGACAUCCAGGUCACCCUGAGCAUCUUCGAGCUGGCCUCGGCCGCGGGGAUCCCGUGCGAGGUGGACCCGGCGCUGGUGGCCGCCCUGGCCGGCAGCAGGACAGAGGGCUCGUCCCCCGAGGAGGAUUACAAGGUGUCCUGUCUGCUGCUGGUGUUCGUGGCCGUGUCCCUGCCCCUGCUGGCCGCUGACCCCGCGUCCCUCUACAACCCCGAGCUGGACGGCCACAACAACAACCUGCACUGCCUGGCCAAGGCCAUCGUGCAGGUGUCGGCCGCGCUCUUCACCCUGCACGACAAAAACAUCGAGACGCACCUGAAGGAGUUCCUGCUGCUGGCCUCGGGCAGUCUCCUGCAGCUGGCGCAGGAGCCGGACCCGGCUCGUGUUCGGAACCAGGACUCGCUGCUGCUGCUGCUGCACACGGUGUCCCUGUGUCCCCUCUCCCCACUGUCCCCAUCUCGGUGUCCCCAGGCCUACACGAGCGUGGCCAAGGCUCCGCUGCCACUGGCGUCCAACGGUGACGUGGGGCGCGCCAUGAGCCUGGUGAUGUUCCACACGCUGCUGCUGGACCGGCCCGAGGAGCUGCUGGACGAGACCUCGGACCUGUCCCACCUCUGUUUCUACCCCCGUCCCCUGGAGCGGAUGUUCUCGGCGGCGCUGGAGGAGCCGUCCAUGCUGCGCUUCUCCAUCGCCUUCCCCCUGCUCUGCGCCCACUUCUCGCGCUGCCCCCACCCCAUGUGCCCCGAGGAGCACCCGCAGCUGGAGGCGGCGGCGCUGGGGCUGUGCCACCGGUUCCUGGAGGAGCUGGGGCGGGUGGGCAGCGGCUGCGUGCUGGACGCCUGCGCCGAGCAGCACAACCUCAGCCAGCAGCUGCUGCCCAAGCACUGCGCGGCCACCGUCAGCAGAGCCCGCGGCAAGAAGAGCCCGAAGCAGCCGCCCCGCAAGGGGGACCCCGACAGGGACAAACCGGGGACAGAGAGCCAGCGGCGGGACAGGACCCUGAGCACCACCAUGGACAAGCUGCACCUGACCCUGUCCGAGCUGUCCCUGAGCCUCAACCACGUCCCCAACUUCACCGUCUUCGGUCACACGGUGACACCGGCCGAGUACCUGAGCAGCCACCUGGAGACGCGCCUGGCCAGGGCCAUCGUGGCCAUGGCUGGCUACAGCCAGGCCACGCAGGAGGUGGCCCGUCCCUCGGAGGUGCUGGCGGGGCUGGUGGCCUACAUGGGGCUGGUGCAGAGCUUGGGACACUUGGUGGCCCUGGACACGGCGCGGCUGCUGCGCACGGUGCUGCUCCAGCAGAGCCACCCCCGCGACGCCAGCGGGCAGCCCACGCUGACGGCCAUCUACACCGACUGGUACCUGGAGGCGCUGCUGCGCCAGGCCAGCAGCGGGGCCGUGCUGGUGUCCCCAGCCCUGCAGGCUUUUGUCACCGCGCCCCGCGAGGAGCCACCCCCGUUCAGCGCCGCCGAGUUCUCCGACGUGUCCGAGAUGCGGGCUCUGGCCGAGCUGAUCGGGCCCUACGGGAUGCGGUUCCUGAGCGAGAACCUGAUGUGGCACGUGGGGUCCCAGGUGACCGAGCUGAAGAAGCUGGGCGAGAACAUGGACACGCUGGUGCAGCUGCGCUGCUGCAGGGCCGAGCAGAGGCCGGCGCUGCUGCCCCGCCUGAGCUCGGCCGAGAACGUCCUCAAGCGCAUGACCAUCAUCGGGGAGAUCCUGAGCUUCCGCGCCAUGGCCCAGCAGGGCCUCAGGGAGGUGUUCUCCCGGCGCUGCCCCUUCCUGAUGGGCCCCAUCGAGUGCCUGGCGGACGUGGUGACCCCUGACACCGACAUCCAGGUCACCCUGAGCAUCUUCGAGCUGGCCUCGGGCGGGAUCCCGUGCGAGGUGGACCCGGCGCUGGUGGCCGCCCUGGCCGGCAGCAGGACAGAGGGCUCGUCCCCCGAGGAGGAUUACAAGGUGUCCUGUCUGCUGCUGGUGUUCGUGGCCGUGUCCCUGCCCCUGCUGGCCGCUGACCCCGCGUCCCUCUACAACCCCGAGCUGGACGGCCACAACAACAACCUGCACUGCCUGGCCAAGGCCAUCGUGCAGGUGUCGGCCGCGCUCUUCACCCUCCACAACAAAAACAUCGAGACGCACCUGAAGGAGUUCCUGCUGCUGGCCUCGGGCAGUCUCCUGCAGCUGGCGCAGGAGCCGGACCGGGCUCGUGUUCGGAACCAGGACUCGCUGCUGCUGCUGCUGCAGCUGAUCGUGUCCGAAUCGUCCUUCCUGACUCUGGACAUGCUGGAGAGCUGCUUCCCCUACGUGCUGCUGCGCAACGCCUUCCGCCAGCUGUGCCGGGACCCCCCCGGCCGCGCCCCCCAGGCCUGACCGCACCCCCAGACCCCUGCCCGGACCCCCCGGCACUGACCGGACCCCCCGG